GAGGCCUUCCACGCGGCAAAAGCCGACAUUCUCCCUCGCCUUGGUCUAUCGACCCUCUUCCAUUUCUGAUGAGAGGCCGCAUACGUUCCGUCCUACCGCGACAUCUCUGCCAACGCUGCGCAACGGCUCAAUGGCAGACUUCACCUCGAAACUACGCUACAAAGCGAGGCGGAAGACCGUCCAAGGCGCUGAGCGGGACCCAGUUGAAUCCGGCGAAGCUGGGAGGUACCAGCAAGUACCCGUUAUCGGCGCAGUUGAGCAAGAAUCCUGAGCCGGCGUUGGAUUCCCUCCAAAGCACGAAAGGGCAUGCCUAUUAUAGAUCGCAGAUUGUAAGUCCAAGCCUAUGCGAUGAUAUCCUGAAAUACAUCGGCCCCACGCUAGAAAAGCACAAAGGAUGCGACAUCCUCGACGUGCAUCCCGGCGUCGGUCUCUGGUCACAGAAGAUCCACGAGUUCCUGCAGCCACGGAGCCAUGUCCUCCUUGAACCAUCGGCCGCGAAGUUUGACGAAUACCUCAAGCCGCUAUUGGAGAAGCCGGGGUCGAAGUACAGGUUGCACACGGGGAACAUAGGCGACUUCGAGACGAUCAGAUCCCUGAUAGACGGUGGAGCGUUUCCGGACCAGAAGCGAGUGCGUCCCGAGGACCCUUCUUCGCGGCAACAGAAUACCUUGCUCUUGGUCACGGGCUCGCUAAUGUGGGAUCCGAAACUCCCGGGUAUCGCCUUCGACUCUAUGGCUAAGCAACUCUUCAUACAGUUCACCAAGAUGGCUGUGCAGAAUGAUGGCUUUCAUGCAUUUGGCCCCGUGCGGAUGCUUCUUUGGAUGGACCAUAACGAUUUCAAGGGUAUCCUCCCUAGGUCGAUGAACCAGCACAACAAAGCCAGCUUUUACAUGGACACAUUAGCGAAGAUGACGGAGGUUGUAGCGGCCGGCCACGAACCGCGCUUAGCUGGAAAAGUAUCUGUUGGGCGCGAACCCCAGUAUGAGCUCGAAAGCAUUAUACGAGCCAUGAGGGCGGGAAAGGAGAAAGGCAUGGAGCUCCCGGCACACCGACGCGAAAACGUGCACGACUUCGCCGAGGAUGUAGAGCGGAUGACGCAGGGCAAGCGCGUCAUGAAAUCGGCUGACAUGUAUCAAUACUUGAAAGAGCAGGAAAUGGCCGGAAAGUCUACGGUGGGACUCAGUUCGCAGGCAGCCAUUGACAGCUACAAGGUGGACAUGGUCUUGAAAGAGAACCCGAAAAUGUAUCGGAUGGAUAAUCUCUCGGUGAAAGGAAAUCACAAGAGAGUCUCACAAGAGGGCAAACAAGCCAACAUCAUACGAGCAAGCAUCAGUCAACAAACCCGUCAGAAACAGCAGAUUGAGCGAGCCGCUGAUAUCGGCGAGGAGAUCUACCAUGCCGAGUGCAAAAUUCUUGGCAUGCAGGACGGCGCGGAUAAAGAAGCUGCGCUCAAGAAGUUACAGAGUUUGGAAGACGACUUCGCCGCCGCCGUCGGCAAGAUACCAAAAAACCUCAAAUCUGCGGUAUACUCGGAUCUGGACGACCGGCAAACCCUAUACUCGCCAGUGCCGCGCCUCCAAUGGGACGCGCGCCCGUUUGAACCACUUGUCAUGCAGCCAGACGAAGUGUUCCCCGCAAACCGUGUCUCGCUCGUCGACUGCGAGCCGCGACCUGCAAUUGAAGGCCGCACAGCCGACUGGUUCGAAUGGGUGCAGGACUUUCUAUACGGGCUCUUCCAGCACAGCAGCACUGGGUCGGUCGUCUCGGCUUUGGAGAACAUGCAGCCUGGGGCUUCAGAGAUCAUCGCGAAUGCGCCGAGCCUGAAGGAUCCGGCGAAGGGGGGCAGACUUGAAAUGAAGAACUUGAGGGUGAGGAUGCUGACUCCGGAGAUGGUGGUUGAACUUUGCGCUGCGUAUAAGGAGUGGCCUUUUAGGUCGCCGAACUCGGAUCACACCAGGUAUUUCCGGUUGAGGUUCGGGAAACCCCCGACAUGAUGCGGCGCUGGAGGGUUACGAAGACGUCUGCGAGGAUACUCGAGAUAGCAAUUCGCCGUCUUUACGGUCGGAAUUCUUCCAUUGCGGAUGGAUAUUGUACACUAUUGUAACACGCGGUGUAGUUGCGCCUGCAAUGCAUAACCAGCCAGUCCCAUCGGCACCCGUCCCGUCCUACCUUCCUCACUUCUUCUUCGCAGCCGCUGGCGCUCCUUUCGCUGGUUCUGGCUUCGAUCCUGCGGGUGCAGCUUUCCCCUGGCCUGAGCCUUGGCCACUUAUAAGAUCCAUCAGAUGAUCUGACUUCGCUCCUUUGCCCUAUACCAAAGUGUCAGGCAUGCAAGCUCAAUUGCCCUACGCAAAGCUUAUGUCCUUAACCGCCACCAGUCGGGAAACAACAUACCUGCUCAGCAUCCCAUCCGCGCCCGAACUUGGCUCUAAAGCCCGCCAAUUUCCCCGCCUCAUCCUCCUCCACAUUCAAUAGCUUCUGGCUACUCGGAUU